AUCGAUGCGGUUGGUGAAAACAGCAGCACAAUCACUCAUGAUUAUUUCCGUACUCGAAUCUUACAAGUAAGUGUACUUCCUUUUUCGCUUAUGACAUGGCGUCCGGCACUCUUUACACUUAUCCCCAAAGCUUCAGAGCGAACAAGGCUCUCAUUGCUGCUCAAUACAGUGGUGCUGAUGUAAAACUCGACAGCAAGUUUAAGUUUGGUGAAACUAAUAAAUCAGCCGAAUUUCUAAAAAAGUUUCCCAAUGGCAAGGUUCCAGCCUUUGAAGGACUUGAUGGAUUUGUUCUGUCUGAGAGCAAUGCCAUAGCUUAUUAUGUUUCCAACUCCCAGCUCCAUGGAGAAAAUAGCAAAGAUGCUGCACUUGUACAACAGUGGAUAAGUUUCAGUGACAAUGAAAUUCUUCCUGCAGCCUGUACAUGGGUAUUUCCUUGUUUGGGAAUUACUCAAUUCAAUAAACAGGACACAGACCGUGCCAAGGAGCAGAUUAAGAAAGUUCUCUCCAUACUGAAUGAUCACUUUUUGACCCGUACAUUUGCUGUUGGAGAGAGGGUUACUCUUGCUGAUAUCAGCCUUGUGUGCAACUUGCAGUCAUUGUAUGAACAGGUACUUGAUCCUGAAUUUCGUAAGCCAUACCAAAAUGUCAACAGAUGGUUUAAUACUGUCGUGAAUCAACCACAAGUUAAAAAGGUUCUUGGAGAAGUAAAGUUAGCUUCCAAGAUGGCCACUUUUGAUGCCAAAAAAUAUCAAGAAAUACAUGGGUCUGCCUCUACUGGUGGAGCUGGAGAUAGCAAGAAAAAGGAAAAGAAGCCAGCACAACCCCAAGCUCAACAACCUAAGAAAGAAAAGGAAAAACCUGCUCCUAAACCUGCAGCUGUGGCAGAUGAGGAGGAAGGUGAUGAGCCUAAGCAGGAAUCUAAAGAUCCUUUUGCUGCUUUGCCUAAAGGAACAAUGAAUCUGGAUGAAUUUAAACGUGUGUAUUCUAAUCAGGAUAUUUUGACAGAAGCUAUUCCCUACUUUUGGAAAAAUUUUGAUAAAGAAAAUUAUUCUUUAUGGUAUUGUGAAUACAAUCAGAAUCUGGAAGGAAAAAUGUCAUUCAUGGUGUCAAACUUGGUUGAAGGUAUGUUCCAAAGAUUGGACAAGUUCAGAAAGAAUGCUUUUGGCAGCAUGAUAGUGUUUGGGGAAUCCAAAAAGAACUCUAUUGCCGGUUUGUGGUUCUGGAGGUAUCCUGAACUUGCAUUUACUCUUUCUCCUGAUUGGAUGGUAGACUAUGAAUCUUACACUUGGAAAAAGCUAGAUCCAGGUAGUGAUGAAGCUAAGGAUCUAGUACAGAAGUUUUUCUUGCAAGAUGGUGACUUUGGUGGCAAAGUUGUGGCUGAUGGAAAGAUAUUCAAAUAAAUCUGAAUGUGUGUUAAGUAUUUAUGUGUGUAAGCAAUGUUUAUCAGAAUACCACAACUUGUUCCUUGUCAUAAGGUUAGAAUAAAUUGUCUGGCUUUUAAGCCUAA